AUUCGACAUAAUUUUUAUGAAUACCUAAUAUGGUGAUGAUGUACUGAUGCUACUGUGCUCGCAAAGUUUUCCCAUGUUGCUCUCUGUAGUCUCGAACAUCAUAUCAUGGAAUAUAAUCGGCAAUGAGAUGAUUCACUUUUGCGUACUGAAGUCCAACAAUAAGGACAACUUACCUUUCCGUUUCAUAGAGGUUGAAAAGUCAGUGAGGGUAAAGGUCAAGCAAGACACGUUUGCUCAGUGUUAGCCUCGGAGUCAAAUUGCUUGAGAAUGUGGCCCGAAAUAGGCAGUAAAUCUCAUCCAAGGCUAAAUACUGGCACGAGUUCGAUAACCAACAAGUACUAUGAGGGAGAGUCGAAAAGUCUUCUGAAGAAAGGGAUGGCAUGUGUACAUAAGACAUGAAUGAAGUUAAUCUUCUCUUUCCCCUUGACUGUUUCCUCAGCCAUUUCGAAAACGCCCGAUCAUUUAGUGUCAAAGUUGUGUCGCAUAGUGCUUAGUUUCACAGCUUGGUCCUUCCUAGUGUCGAAAUUAUUAAUGAUUAGAUUAGUAUGGAUGAUGCACGCUAACACUUUACAACCGUAGGCAAUACAGUUUGGUGAUGAAAAAAAUCGUUUGACAUCUGCUGUCUCUAAGAUGCACACACAAAUGCGAAACGAUCCUCUGGUGCGUAUGCGGCCUUUGAUAAAUAUAAACUUCAUUCAAUACAAUGAAAUUGUUUAUAUACCGAACUAUAAACUAAUUAUUAGGAUUGUAGUAUGUUCAUUGCAAAAGUCUAAUACAGUUCAUUGAUUGAUCACUGGAGCGUAACCAACUUCAUGUUGUCUAGUCCUAUGUACUGACCGAAUUCUACCGAUCAUUUUGCAGUGUGGCCACCCGACUAGGCCUUGCUGACGAGUGCCACUAGUGCACGAAGCCUAAGUCCAAGGUUUCCUGCCGAUUGCCUCCAUCCAACUAACAUCUAAUACAAUUCACUUCUUCUUUGCUGAAUUGCAAGAUACCGAAUGUCUUAUGGCCUUCAAAAUGUGCCCAAGUUGAUUACUAGGGCAAAUAACUGUAAAUACUGAGAUUUACUGUUGUUACUUUUUGUCAUUUGCUGCUAUACGUCAUUACUCAAGUGACUGAAAUGUUCUUUAUAAGAAACUACGCUAUAUAAAUAUAAAUAUUUGGAUGGGUAGUAUACUGAUCAGUAGAUUUCUCCAGAGAAAAGAGUAACUAACGAUGAUUCACAAUGUAAAUGUAACCCAUCCUAUUUUGUAUUCUGCAACUGAAUUCGUCCCCAUUCCAAUAAAUAUUGUUAAUCUUAUUGGGAGCAGAAGCAUAUACUCACUGACACAACACUCAGGGUAUUGAUGACUGAAUACUUCCCCUUCCAUUGUUCUGUAUAGAACACGGCUGCACCUUUAUGCUACUUGUCAACCAUUGUUAGAAUUUUUUAAAAACGUUUUUCUAAUUGCAAUUUUCACAUGCCACUGUUCAAUUAUGCAUUUCAUUUGAUACUAACCAUUAUUACCUGUGGUAUCCACUAAAUUAAACUCAACGUGACAUCAUCUCACGUGAGGACGACCAUAUGUAAAGAAAUACUGCACUAUUUCAUGGCAUACACAUGGAAAAUUACAGGCACAUAUACCGACUGACUACGUUAUUGGCCAAUCAAGUCACAAGGAUGAAUAUAUAGUAGGUUGUUUAAAGUAUUGAUUUUUGUGUGUGCUCUAAUGCAUCCGGCAUCUUUUGAUUAUUUUAUCAUAAGUAUGAUAUUGCAUCCAUAAAGUAUUAGUCACAGUCUAUGAUGAAAUCAUAUGGAAAACAAAGCAGAACAAAAUCAACAGAUUUUUGCAGAAUGAGAAAUACUAUUUUAAACAGCUGAAAUGUCAUUCAACAACUGUUGAAGCAUGUGCCAUAUGAUAAAGUUUCAAGUCUACAGCUGAAUAUGCACUUCUUCUAGUAACAUGCGUUCAAUUUUAAACUUCUGAGUUUGUUUUUUAUACAUUGAUAUGUAAACCCCAGAAGUGUCAGUUGUAAUGCAAACUAUCAUCAACUACAAUCAAUUCAGGUGUUUACGAAAUAUACAAUCAAUGGUCUCCUAUGGAAGUUAAAAUAUUCAGAUGACAUAAUGCUUUCUGCUGGAUAUCACAAUUGGUAUCAAGAUUUGCAAACAUGAAGUUUCUCUAUCACUCCUACUGAUCUGCGUGCCUGCUAGUCAGACCAAGGUGAUCUAUCGUCAACUAUAUGGCGUAUUCCCUAAAGUAACUAUGACUCGUACAGAAGACGCUCUGCUUGCAAUUCGUGAUCCCAAUCCAUGCAUCGAUGGUCGGAAAGCAAAUGUGAACCUGGCAGUACUUGGAGCUAAACCUCGUCUUUUACCUGGAACCAACACUGCGAUGCCGGCUUUCUUCCCUCUUCAAACUGGGUUGCCAAUAGAUGCAAGUCAUGCAGGUCUUUACAACAAUUCUGCUGCAGCCGUUACCAACUCUCUGAUGAACCCCUUAAUGAAUCCAGGUCUGCUGACAGGUUUCAAUGUACCGAGUCCUGCUGGACUGUCACCAGGUAUAGGUGGACUUUUACAGACGCCAACUAAUCAUAACGUCUCAACGAUAUCUGAUCCCUCAACUGAUAAUCGAUUACAUGCACAGCUUUCUUUGAAUCCACUUGCAAGUUUGAACUAUCUACUCAACUAUUCAAAUGCAACUGGUAAUUCUUCAUCGAUUACAGCUGCUGCAGCUCUAGCGGGAACGGGCAAUACAAAUCAAACAGGUAUUUCACCCGCUGCACUAGCUCUUCUAAUGUCCACAUAUGGACAGGGUACAGGUGGCUUAAACACUGCUCUACCGACAAACAAUUCAUUUAUUGGGAUGGCACCUGGCAGUCAACCGUCUUUGAAUGCGACUAGUUUGUCUACAACAAGUCUAUUGAAUUUGAACUCAACCACUCCUAACACAUCAAGUUUAAAUGCAUUGACGGGAAGUUCGGCUGUACCCCAUUCUGCAGAACAUUCACUCCAGAGGUUUCAGCGAAUGAACUGA